AUGGACAUACCGCAGCAAGUUCAGCAAAUGGCCACAAAGAUGAUAAAGGGAUUGGAACACCUGGCAUACAAGGAGAAACUAAGAAAGCUGGGACUGCUCAGCCUGGAGAAGAGAAGGUUCAAUGUGUAUCAGUACCUGAUGGGAAGGAGUAAAGAAAAUAGAGUCUUCUGUGGAGUCUCCAUCCUUGGAGACACUCGAAAUCUGAGUGGACAAGGUCCUGAGCAACCUACUCUAGCUGACCCUGCUAGGGCAGGGAAGUUGAACAAGGAGGAGGUGGAGGAGGCGGCGGCGGCCGGAGCGGCCUCGGAGGGCGCGGAUGGCGCCGGGCCUCGCGGCGGGGAGGAGAAGAAGAGGAAGAAAAAAAAGAGGAAAGCGGCGGCUCAUGUGGAAAAUGAUACAGAAACUAAAAAAGUGAAGACUGAAGAUGAGUCUGUGGAGGUAGAAGAUGAAGAUAAGCAGGAUUCUGGAGAGAAGGAAGAGGAGGAGGAGGAUGAAGUGCCCAGUUUACCAUUAGGUGUAACAGGUGCUUUUGAAGACAAUUCUUUUACUUCCUUGGCUGGUCUUGUCAGUGAGAAUACACUGAAAGGCAUAAAUGACAUGGGUUUUACGCAUAUGACUGAAAUUCAGCAUAAAAGUAUUAAGCCGCUUCUGGAAGGCAGGGAUAUUCUAGCAGCUGCAAAAACGGGCAGUGGCAAAACACUUGCAUUUCUUAUUCCUGCAGUAGAGCUCAUCUACAAGUUAAAAUUCAUGCCUAGAAAUGGAACGGGUGUUAUUAUUCUUUCUCCUACUCGAGAGCUUGCCAUGCAAACCUAUGGAGUUCUUAAAGAACUUAUGAAUCACCAUGUUCACACCUAUGGUCUGAUAAUGGGGGGCAGUAACAGAUCAGCAGAAGCACAGAAACUUGGAAAUGGAAUCAACAUCAUUGUAGCAACACCGGGAAGACUGCUGGAUCAUAUGCAGAACACUCCAGGUUUCAUGUACAAGAACUUGCAGUGUUUGGUAAUUGAUGAGGCGGAUCGUAUCUUGGAGGUUGGAUUUGAAGAAGAAAUGAAACAGAUCAUAAAACUUCUACCAAAGCGGAGGCAGACAAUGCUUUUUUCUGCUACACAAACCAGAAAGGUUGAAGAUCUGGCAAAGAUCUCUCUGAAGAAAGAGCCGCUGUAUGUUGGGGUUGAUGAUAACAAGGAGACUGCAACAGUAGAUGGUCUUGAACAGGGGUAUGUAGUGUGUCCAUCUGAAAAAAGAUUCCUUUUGCUCUUCACAUUCCUCAAGAAGAACCGGAAGAAAAAACUAAUGGUAUUUUUUUCUUCAUGUAUGUCAGUGAAGUACCAUUAUGAAUUACUCAACUAUAUUGAUCUCCCUGUUUUGGCCAUUCAUGGCAAGCAGAAACAAACCAAACGUACUACAACAUUUUUCCAGUUCUGUAAUGCAGAAUCUGGAAUACUGUUGUGCACUGAUGUAGCUGCCAGAGGACUGGAUAUUCCUGAAGUUGACUGGAUCGUCCAGUAUGACCCUCCAGAUGAUCCAAAAGAAUAUAUUCAUCGUGUUGGUAGAACUGCCAGAGGCAUAAAUGGUAGAGGACACGCUCUGCUCAUUUUACGACCAGAAGAGCUGGGCUUUCUUCGUUACCUAAAACAAGCCAGGGUACCACUAAGUGAAUUUGAAUUUUCUUGGUCAAAAAUUUCAGACAUCCAGUCUCAGCUGGAGAAACUGAUUGAGAAGAACUACUUCCUUCACAAGUCAGCCCAGGAAGCAUACAAAGCUUACAUCAGAGCUUACGACUCCCAUUCUCUGAAGCAGAUCUAUGAUGUCAAUAACUUGGAUCUUCCCAAAGUCAGCCUUUCGUUUGGUUUUAAAGUUCCUCCAUUUGUCGACCUCAAUGUGAACAGCAACCAUGGCAGAAGACUCCAGAAAAGAGGUGGAGGUGGGGGAUUUGGUUACCAGAAAUCGAAGAACGUCCACAAAGCUAAAAUCUUCAAACACAUUAGCAAGAAAUCGGACAGUCGGCAGUUUUCUCGUUAAUCAUACAUUCAUUAAAAUGGCUUCUUGCAUUGGAAUAGACUACCUUGAUCAAAACCAUCUGACAGUUACUUCCAAUUCAAACUGCUGUAUUCACAUUUUUUGGGGGUCUUUAUGGUUUUGUUUCUGGGAACAUCUUUUAUCUUUCAGUUCAGGAGGACUCUUUGGAAGGGAGACUAAAGAUAGAAA